AUGUCAACAACAUUUACAUUAUCAGCAUCAGCCAUUCUAAGUGAACAAUUAAUUGGACUUGUUAGUCCCAUCUCACGUGCCAUCAUAUCAUCACCAUUCAAUAGAAUUAGAAUUAUCCUUCAAACACAAAAUGAUAUUAAAACUACUACCAAUACUACUAAACAAAGCCUUUCCGAUCCAUCAUCAUUAAAAUCAUCAUCAUCCAAUAAUACUAAUAAUACUAAUAAUAAUAAUACCAGUAAUAGUAGUAAUGUAAUAGAUUGUGGAAUUAAAAUAAUUAAACAAGAAGGUAUUCUCAGUUUAUGGAAAGGUUUUUCAGCACAAUUAGCAAGUGUUUUAUUGGUUCAUUAUUCAACCAUUCCAGUGUCUAGAUUUGUAUUUACCAAUAUUUCAAACUCUCCACUUUUAGCCUCAAUUAUUAAUUCAAUCAUUUCCUAUCCAUUAGAACAAUGUAAAACAAUAUUAUUGGUAGAUGAACAUGUUCAUCAUUUAAAUUAUGGUGGUGCUAAUAAUAAUAAUAAUAAGAAUAAGAAUGAUGGUAAUAAUAAUAUUCAUAAUAAUGAAAAACAAUAUUCAGGUGUAAUUGAUUACUUUAUUAAGAGAAGUAAUGAAAGUGGAUUAGUAUCACAUUAUCAUGGAUUUAUUACUUAUAUAUUAGGUGGUUUAAUUUAUAGAAAAUCAUUUUCAUUAAUUUAUCAAAUAUUGAGAAAUAUUCGUCCAUCACUCUAUUUUGACAACAUGUCACAAUGGAGUAUUGUAAUAUCUGAAAUUAUAUUAGCACAAUUAUGUAUUGCUAGUGCAUCUGCAUUAGCUUAUCCAUUAGAUACUAUUAGUAGAAGAUUACAAUUACAAGCAUGUAAAAAAUCUGAAGAUAGAAAAUUUACAAAUACAAUUCAAUGUGCUAAAAAAAUUAUUAGAGAAGAAGGUGUAUUAGCACUUUAUCAAGGAUAUGAAGCUCAUUGUUUAUCUGCUUUUUCACUUACUCUCAUGUCAUUGGUUUUACAUUCUGUAUUUGGUAUUCAUUAA